AUGGCGUGGGAAACAGCUUCCAUGGCCGCAGCCAAACCUCCCAGCUCGCCGCUCCCGCCCUUGCCGAACAAGUUCGGCGGGCUGCCGUCCAUGGCGAUCCCACGGCGUCCCGUUGGCAGUCGGCUCCCUCUCAAGCUCCAGUUCCGGCCCAAGCUCCGGCCCAAGCUCCGGCUCAAGCUCCGGCUCCAGCUCCGGCUCCAGCUGCCGAUCCUGCCGAUCCACCUCCUGUCAGCAUACUCGAACCACUCCUCAGAGUCAACGCCGAGAUCGUCGACAAACUCGGCCAACGACAUUAGCGGAAUCCAAGGAUCUUAUACUAUCGCGUCUCCGAAGCACCAAGUCAAGGACAGGGGCAUUAGGUCCGAGGGGUCUGUGGCUUCUGAGCCUUGGCUCAAGCUUUCGUCCGGUCAAGAUGCGCAGAAGCAAGCACCAAAUAUUUCGUGGACGCCUGCAGAAAAUAGGGAAAGCCUGCCGCCGCCGCCGCCGCCCCUGAAGGAUAUCCUUCGCAAGCCUCUUCGGCUGCAGUCGCCGCCGCCUGCUCAGCCGUCGCAAAACAAGACCGAGGCGUCGCCGACCAGCACCUCUCCCCAGCAAGACCAGCUCUGGAGGCGGAGGUCGCUCAAGGGCGAUAAGAGCCUGGCCGUCCCAGAACUUAAGCUCAUAUCCAGUCACGGCUCCACUGCAGCGUCUGCCCAAAAUUCGUCACAGGGCGACCCAACCAGCGCGCAGCGUCAGCAGUCGCCACCCCAGCAGCCUGACACGGCCGACAUCGUCUUCCCUGCCCCUCCUGCCAGGCCCAGAGUCCCGCUCCCUAGAAGCACCAAUGCUGGGCUCCCCGGACGAAACAUCCGUCCUGUGACGUCUCGUCAGCAACCCCCUCCGCAGGAGGAGAAAGAAGAAAAUAUGGGUCAAAAACUAUCGAAACUCGGAAAACCCCGCGACAACGAAGAGGCACCCGCCAAACCUCUCCCCAACCCCAUUGUACCUCGAUCUGUCCCACGACUUCCAACACCCGAGUACGAGACGACUGAUGUAAAACGGUUAGUGGUAGAAACGGUGGUCUCGCCCAUAUCGCCCGCCUCGUCCCCCGAAUUGCCAGACGGGCCAAAACAGGCCGGCCCCGUCGCGAGUCAAGAUGGCAACAAUGGGGGCAACCAAGCGCCUGUGCUGAAACCAAGCAACUUGGCCUCGCUGCGCAUGCCGGUUGGCCUACCGUCUUCUCCUUCGGCUCACCUAGAUCGCACUCACAAGCAGCCGCAGUUUGCAGCGCGGACUUCUUCUCGAAGCAUGGGUACACCCGCUACGGCGAUGCGCGCGGAAGCAGCCGCGUCUUCAACCUCACGGGCCCCGCCGAGGGAACAGCAGUUCAAACCCUCGUCCCAGGUGGUCAGAGCCAUAUCCGAAAGCGGGUCUACCGCAUCUGACGAUACAGUUAAGCCGAGGCCAACUGCUGCCAGCAACAAUACCGAGACGGAUGCGCCGCCCACCCCGCGUGUUGCCUCGCGUGGAGGCGGCACGCAAGACGAGGAAAUGACGGACAAUCCCGGUGCGGCGCUGUUCCCGAGAAAUUGGUAUAAGCCGCAGCCGGCAGAUGUAGUAUUGGAUGCCCAGCCGCUGUUGGAUAGGCACUUUAGAUGCCUGACGAAUCAUCGAUACAUGACGGUCAAUAGGCAGAGGGUUAACCCGAUAUCCUGCAGGACAUGCGGGCACAAGGAUCGGAAUGCCGAGUGCUUCAUCUGCAGCGCAUGCCACCUGAACGUCUGCCCGAGCUGUAACGGCAGUCUGCGAAUGUUUAGAGGAGACCUGAACCGAGUUUUGCAGAAUAUCGAGAACAAGCGUACCUCGGAGGCGCAAGAGAGUGCAGCAAGCAACGGGGCAAGCAACGGAGGUCCUGACAGCGAGACAGUCACGGCCCCAGCGGCGGAGCAGCCCGGUGCGGUUGGCGCAUAA